AUGGCUUUUGUGGUCAAGAAGCUUGUAUCCUUCUCGUGCUCGCUGCUGGACUGCUUCUCUUUCCUUGUUAGCCACACUGAGCGAUGCCUUCCAGCUUCUGUCACCUUCAGCCUCUUUCAGUCAAAUCUCUGUGUCCUCCCUUUCAGAAUUCUCAGUAGUUUAGGGAAGGUGGAGAAGAGCAACGGCCUAAGUACUGUGCUAGGUGUAGGAGGUAUCUCCCUCUUCUUGCUUCCUUCUCUGGUCCUCUCCUGCCCUGCAAGAAUCCAGCCCCUGGGUGACUUUGCAUCAGGAUUGCUGAUCGGUGCUGGCUGUGCCCUCUAUCCCUUGGGCUGGGACAGUGAGGAAGUCCGGCAGACCUGUGGCUACGUUUCCGGCCAGUUCGACCUGGGUAAGUGUGAAAUCGGCUGGGCCUACUACUGCACGGGAGCAGGUGCAGCAGCUGCCAUGCUGCUGUGCACUUGGCUGGCUUGCUUCUCGGGAAAGAAGCAGAAGCACUACCCGUACUGAGAUGGAGCCACUACGAGAAAGCAGAGGAGAAGAUGGGCCAAAGGGGCUUGGAGGAGAUGAAGCAUACAGCUACUUUCAACAGGUGGAAGAGUGGUUUUGAUCCAAUACAGUGCUAACAAAAUGAAACCCGAUGGAAUCAGGAACAUUAUAUAGAAAGGAAGCAUUCUGGGAAAUUUGCGAAAGACAUGGAGAGUAUAGAAUGAUGGA